AUGGCUGGAGGUGUAAUUAUUGAACCUCGCUCGGUCACUCGUUCAUAUCUCAAAGGUCGUCAACUUAUAUUUCCUUUAUGUUUAGCCACUUCUCUGUUUUUUCUUUGGGGAUUUUCAUAUGGCCUUCUUGAUGUACUAAAUAAACAUUUUCAAAAUGUUCUCCAAAUUACAAAACUUGAAUCUACUGGAUUGCAAGUUGCUUAUUUUGGUGGUGGUUAUUUUUUAUUCUCACCAAUUGCUGCCGAAUUACUCAGACGUAAAGGUUACAAAAUUACCAUUGUUGUAGGUUUAGUUCUCUAUGCGUUGGGAGCUAUUUGCUUCUGGCCAACUGCUCAUUUUUCUACGCCAGAUAAUACUAAACAAGCUUAUGGAGGUUUUAUUGCUUGUACUUUUGUUAUUGCUUGUGGUCUUGGUACAUUAGAAAUUGCAGCUAAUUCGUAUGCAACUGUUAUUGGUGAUCCAAAAUCAGCUUCUUUGCGGUUACAAUUUUGCCAGGCAUGGAAUGGUGUAGCAUCAUUUAUCGGUCCACUCAUUGCAUCUAAAGUGUUCUUCUCAGAUAAAAAUGCUGAUAAUCUUGAUAAUGUUAAAUACGUUUACAUAGCUAUUUCUUGUACUGCAAUACUAGUCGCUAUUGUUUUUAUCUUUUCUAAAUUACCCGAAGUCAUCAUUGAUGAUGAAGAUUUUUAUGAUACCACGGAUACAGUCAAAAUACAAACUAAUCCAUUGUGGAAGCAAUACAAUAUGAUUUUUGCAUGUGUAGCACAGUUUUGUUGUGUUGGUGCUCAGGGUACAGUUGGCUCUUUUUUUCUCAACUAUGCUACUGAAAAUGCUGAUUUUACAGAUUCUCAAGCAUCGAAUCUUUUAUCAUAUGCUCUCAUGAUAUUUACUCUUGGACGAUUCGUUGGUAUUGGAUUGGUCUACUUGCUUCAAGUUGAUUUUAUACUUCUUAUUUAUUCUAUAAUUAGUAUCGGUCUUUGUGCUUACACAUCUGCGGGUCAUGGUCGCUCUGCUGUCAUUGUACUGAUGUCAUUAUAUUUUUUCGAAUCAAUUAUGUUCCCAACUAUUUUCGUUAUGGGUACAGCUAAUCUCGGCCGUCAUACAAAACGUGGAGCUGGUAUUAUUAUUAUGGCAAUUUCUGGAGGUGCUGUUUUUCCACCGAUUCAAGGUGCUAUAGCUGAUAUAUAUUCUACUCGUAUUUCGUUUUUAGUACCAAUGGUUGGUUUUAUUGUUAUUUCAGCUUAUGCUCUCUUUCAUUGGAUUACACAUGGUUUCAAAAUAAAAAGUUUAUCUCUAACAAACGAUAACCAGGUUGUUCCUGUUUCGCAAAGUGAAAGAGAAUCUAUUAUUAUGACUCAGGCAAGUGCCGAUAAUACCCAUGAAACUCAACAAACAAAUAUAUUCAAUUGGGUUCUGCCAUCACCACCAAUUUUCACAACAUUUAAAACUUAUACUACAGCAAACAUGAACUAA